UAUUUGUCUCUUUUUACCAUUGAUAGUGGCACCAAUGAAGAUCCUUCCAAGUCUUUAAUGCACAUCCUGGACCCGGCAUAGCACAACGUGUAAGAUAAUGGCCCAACAAGCAAAUAUUGGGGAGCUCCUCUCCAUGCUAGAUUCCCCUGUGCUGAGUGUGCGCGAUGAUGUAACAGCUGUUUUUAAAGAGAAUCUGAAUUCUGACCGUGGUCCAAUGCUUGUAAACACCUUGGUGGAUUAUUACUUGGAAACCAAUUCUCAGCCGGUAUUACAUAUCCUGACAACCUUGCAGGAACCACAUGAUAAGCACCUCUUGGACAAAAUGAAUGAAUAUGUGGGCAAAGCAGCCUCUCGACUAUCCACCCUGGCUUUGCUGGGGCACGUUGUAAGACUGCAGCCGUCAUGGAAGCAUAAGCUCUCUCAAGCACCUCUCUUGCCUUCUUUACUAAAAUGUCUCAAGGUGGACACCGAUGUGGUGGUCCUCACAACAGGUGUUUUAGUGUUGAUAACUAUGCUACCAAUGAUUCCACAGUCGGGGAAACAGCACCUUCAUGACUUCUUUGAUAUUUUUGGCCGUCUUUCUGCAUGGUGCCUGAAGAAACCAGGCCAUGUGACAGAAAUCUAUCUUGUCCAUCUCCAUACUAGUGUUUAUGCUCUCUUUCAUCGUCUUUACGGAAUGUACCCUUGCAACUUUGUCUCCUUUCUGCGUUCUCACUACAGUAUGAAGGAAAACUUGGAGACUUUUGAAGAAGUGGUUAAGCCAAUGAUGGAACAUGUGCGAAUUCAUCCGGAAUUAGUGACUGGAUCCAAGGACCAUGAACUGGACCCUCGAAGGUGGAAGAGAUUAGAAACACAUGAUGUUGUAGUAGAGUGUGCCAAAAUCUCUCUGGACCCUGCAGAAGCCUCAUAUGAAGAUGGCUAUUCUGUGUCUCAUCAAAUCUCAGACCGGUUUCCUCAUCGUUCAUUUGAUGCCACCACCAGCCCUUAUGUUGACACACAGAAUAGCUAUGGGAGUGCUACUUCUACUCCUUGUUCCUCUUCUCGGCUGAUGUUGUUAAAUACUCCAGGGCAGCUACCUCAGAAUCUGAGUUCUACAUCAACACGGCCAUUAACUGAGCCACCACAAGCCACUCUUUGGAGCCCAUCUAUGGUUUGUGGUAUGACUACUCCUCCAACUUCUCCUGGAAACGUCCCACCUGAUUUGUCACAUCCUUACAGUAAAGUCUUUGGUACAACUGGUGGAAAAGGAACACCUCUGGGAACCCCAGCAACUUCUCCUCCUCCAGCCCCCCUCUGCCCUUCGGACGAUUACAUUCACAUUUCACUUACACAGAGCACAACCGCCCCACCCAAAAAGGAAGAGAAAACAGAAACUUCAAGACCUUGUCUACUCAGACAACCCCACCUUCCAAAUGACCGAGGACUAGAAGAACUAUCAGGCAAAGGAUCUGUGACUCUAAGUGAUCUUCCAGGGUUUUUAGGUGACCUGGCCAAUGAAGAAGAUAGUAUUGAAAAAGAUAAAGAAGAAGCGGCAAUAUCUAAAGAACUUUCUGAAAUCACCACAGCUGACACUGAACCCCUGGUUCCUCGAGGAGGUUUUGACUCUCCCUUCUACCGAGACAGUCUCCUAGGCUGUCAGCGGAAGACCCACUCAGCCACCUCCAAUGCUCAGGGCUCUAGUGUGAACCCUGAGCCAUUGAACUCCUCUGUGGACAAGGUUGGGCCUGACACACCAAAGCAAGCCUUUACCCCCAUCGACUUACCUUGUGGAGGCACUGAUGAAAGCCCUGCCAGCAACAGAGAACACCAGACUUCCUUGGAGACCAGUAUCUUCACUCCCAGCCCUCAGAGGGGAGUGAGGUUUGGAAGUGGGCAGCUUCCCCCCUACGAUCAUCUUUUUGAGGUAACAUUGCCAAAGACUGCCCAUCAUUUUGUCAGCAAGAAGACUGAGGAACUCUUAAAGAGAGUAAAUGCAGAGGAAGACUAUAUGCCCUCUACCUCCCCAGUGGAAGUGCUGGAUAGACUGAUACAGCAGGGAGCAGACGCACACAGCAAGGAACUGAACAAGUUGUCUUUACCCAGCAAAUCUGUUGACUGGACCCACUUUGGAGGCUCUCCUCCCUCAGAUGAGAUCCGCACCCUCCGUAACCAGUUGCUUUUACUGCACAACCAGUUACUCUAUGAGCGUUUUAAGAGGCAACAGCACGCACUUAGGAAUAGGCGGCUCCUCCGCAAGGUGAUCAAAGCUGCCGCUCUGGAGGAACACAAUGCUGCUAUGAAAGACCAGUUGAAGUUACAAGAGAAAGACAUCCAGAUAUGGAAGGUUAGUCUACAGAAAGAACAAGCCAGAUACAGUCAGCUCCAGGAGCAGCGAGACACAGUGGUAACCCAGCUCCACAGUCAGAUCAAGCAGCUGCAACACGACCGAGAAGAAUUCUACAACCAGAGCCAGGAAUUACAGACAAAGCUGGAAGACUGCCGAAACAUGAUCGCAGAGCUGCGCAUAGAACUGAAGAAGGCCAACAGCAAGGUGUGCCACACAGAGCUGCUACUCAGUCAGGUUUCACAGAAGCUCUCAAACAGUGAGUCAGUCCAACAACAGAUGGAGUUCCUGAACAGGCAGCUGUUGGUUCUUGGUGAGGUCAACGAGCUGUAUUUGGAACAACUGCAGAACAAGCAUUCGGACACCACAAUGGAAGUGGAAAUGAUGAAAACUGCAUAUCGGAAAGAACUAGAGAAAAACAGAAGCCAUGUUCUCCAGCAGAAUCAGAGACUUGAUACCUCCCAGAAACGGAUUUUGGAACUGGAAUCUCAUCUGGCCAAGAAAGACCACCUCCUUUUGGAACAAAAGAAAUAUUUAGAAGAUGUCAAAACCCAAGCAAGAAGACAGUUGGAGGCUGCAGAGAGCAGAUAUGAGGCUCAGAAAAGGAUUACCCAAGUGUUUGAGUUGGAGAUCUUAGAUUUGUAUGGCAGGUUGGAAAAAGAUGGCCUCCUGAAAAAACUUGAAGAAGAAAAAACAGAAGCAGCUGAAGCAGCAGAAGAAAGGAUUGACUGUUGCAGUGAUGGCUGCUCAGAUUCUGUAAUAGGGCACAAUGAAGAAGCCUCUGGCCACAACGGUGAGACCAAACCUCCCAGACCUGGCAGCACCCGAGGCAGUGGUGGAAGUAGAGGAGGUGGAGGCAGCAGCAGCAGCAGUGAGCUCUCUACCCCAGAGAAACCCCCAAGCCAGAGGGCAGGCCCUUUCAGCAGUCGGUGGGAAACCACUGCAGGAGAGCCCUCUACCAGCAUCCCUGCGACUGUUGGCUCACUUCCCAGUUCAAAAAGCUUUCUAGGCAUGAAGGCUCGAGAGUUAUUUCGUAAUAAGAGUGAGAGCCAGUGUGAUGAGGACGGUAUGACCAUCAGUAGCCUUUCUGAGACGCUAAAGACAGAACUGGGCAAAGACUCAGGUGUGGAAGCCAAGACUCCCCUGAACCCAGAUGGCCUGCACCCGUGUCCCCCAAACCCGGACAGUGUUGGACAGCUCCGUAUCAUGGACUACAAUGAGACUCAUCAUGAACACAGCUAAGGGUAAUCAAUAAUCAAUCAGUGUUAACUUGCAUAUUGUUGGUAUAGAACAGGAUGUGUGAAAGCACGUUUCAGAGCUUUCCUAUUUCCAGAGUCUAAGUAGCUAGCUCACGCAGUGGAAAUGGGAAGGAGGUCCUUUUGACAGUUGGAUGUGGAACGAACGGUUUUUGGAUCUGGCACUGAAAUUGCCUCUUCGCCUUCUCCUCAGCCCAUCCCCAGCCUCUCAUUCAUUUACCUAGCAGUGUGUGCUAAGCCAAGGGCCAGUUUGAGUUCCUCGGUAGCUUUAUUUUCUUUCCUUUCCCCAUAAUGGUUGUGUCCUUUGAACCUGUGCAAUAUGAGGCCAAAUUGAAUCUUUUGAGUCUAACACACCAUUCUCUCUUUUCCCGAAGUUCAGAUAACUGUGUUGGUUCUCCCUUAUCCCAGGUAGUUGGUGGCAUUGCAGGUAAGUCUGGAUUUAUCCCUUUCCAGGAGGAUGUAUGUAGCAUGCAAAACUGACCAUCUUCACACAAAAGCUUUUACAUGAGGUUUUCACUGUUUUGGUUCUGAAGUUUAGCACCUAAAGUAGCAGAUCUAGAAAAACAGUGGUUUUUGCACUCUUUUGGCGGUUCUGAUAAGCUUCCUAGAAAGUUCCAUGUGAACAAACUUCUAUUGUUUGACAAGUCUGGAGUUGGCACUGUGGAGGCCAUGCUCCACCUUUGGGAAUGUUUUGUCCCUUCUUCCCCACUACCUCUUAUUUAUUUGGUGUUUCUUUGGAAGCCUGUAGUGUUCUGACUACACACUUAUGUGUGGGUGGUAAAAGUGCUCCUCUACAGGGAGGGUAGGGAUGGGGGAAGGCUGGUGAAGUGAGCAGUUAGUUCCUGAAGCUCUUGCAGGUUAAGUCUGCAAGGAACUUGUCCUCCAGGCAGGGCUGUGCUGGUUGAGCCUGGUGUUAAAAGUCCUCUGUCUCUGCCUCCCUUUGUGUUCCCACCACCUCUUAUUUAUAUCAGCUGCUUUGUGACAUAGCAGCAGAAAGACUGAAGUUCCAAAGAGUUUCCAUGUUGCUCAGGCUGUUAGAGUUGCCUCGCCUAAGUAAUUUUCUAGGCCACCAAAAAGGUAACAGCUUCUUCACACCAAUUCUUUAAAGGGCUGCCUCUUUGGGGAUCAGCUGCCUGCACAUCCUCAUGAGAGGUGACCCCAGUGGCAGAAUAAGAACUCAACAAAUGCUCCUGAAAUAAAUGCUAAAAGCCUGAUAAUUAUUGCUGAGUAUUCCAGCUGAGGCAAAAAGAAACUAACAAGAGGAGACCAAUGAAUUUGAUUUUCCUCUUUCUGUCCUUUUAGUUGAGUACAGACGAGUUCAGCCAUGGAGAAAAGGCAGUCUGUGAUGGUACGGAAUCAAAAUAUACACAGAAGCUUCCAGCCCGUGAAAGUAAAAGUCUCUAUUAAUAGUGUGGCAGUAAGUAGUCUAGUAUCCCUAACCCAAAGGGAGCUAGGAAACGAGAACCUCCACUUCACCAUGAUUAUACUGGCAGAAUACUUCCUUGGAUUAGGAUUAGAUGUGACUGACUGGUUCCCUGCACAGUACCAGUCCUUGCUGCCUUGUCCCUUGUGGAGUAUCGAGACCAUGUUUAAUUCAGCUUUGUCCAAAGGAAAGCUUAAAAUCGAAUAUGAUCUAUUUUCCUACUCUAGUUUUAGAAAAGGAAGAUAUUAGCAAAUUCAGAAAGAAAAAAUAACGGGAUAACUAUUAAAACCAGUUUUAGACGCUUAACCCCUGACUUAAUCCUAAAAGAUCUGUGCCACAGAACAAAGAUACCAGGCACUUAAAGCCUUUUACCUGAUUAACUGGCUAAGGCAUGGAAGCCAAUGUGAAGAAAGAAAAUACUUUUUUUUUUUUUUUUUAAUAGCAGAUUCUAUGAAGAGGGAAGGAGGAGGCAACACGGCAGUGUGGACUGGUCCAAGGCUGAGGCCUCCAUGGGCAGGUCUCUGUUCUCAGUCUUCAGGCAUACUACUCUAGCCUGGAGUUCUCUUUAUUUAGCUUCACAACCACAGUUGAUCUAGUUGAAUGUGCUCAGCUUCCUUUGAGUUAUAGGAAGCCAUGGGUUUUACUCAGCCAUAGCUGGAGAGGUAAGACCUGGAGUCAUGUUGAUGUUACCCAGUUUAAAAACUUGGGCUCUUAUGUUGCAAAGAACUCAAGUCAGUAGUACGGUUUUAUUCUGUUUUGAAAAUGAUAAACCUGCCAAGAGUCAAUGAAUGAGUUACUUGAUUAUGUUGCAGUGAGUAUUUUUAAGGAUGAAAUGUGAUAGUAGAGGUACUCCCAGGUAAGACUUCAGGCCUGGCAAUAGGUUUUGUUUUUCGUGUUAUAGGCGCAGGCUGUUUUGAACCUGACUAAGCGUCCAGGCAUUCAUAAAUGUUAGGAUUGGAUAAUCUCCAUCUAGAGUCAUUCUGAGCAAGCUUACCUGCCUCAGAACUGUUGGCCAGUGUGCAUUACUUACUCUGAUCCUUACCUGACACUAAGCUGAGGCACAAACCUUGAGGAGAUUGGAGUCUGGUUUCUAGGCAGAAUGACAUUGGCUUAAAAUAAGAAGCACUAUGAUAUCAGGGGUGGAAUUUAAGGAAGGUGGUAGCAUGGCCUCCAUAUAAAGCUAGUUUCUGAAUCUCCUGCACAUAAGUACACAGAUUUCUAUCAGAACUUUUAUGCAUUUUAAGAAGCUUUUUUACAAAUUUAUACCAUAAAGUCUAUUAGGUUGGAAGAAAUAAUCUGGUCACAAAUAAGAAAAAAAAAAAUCCAAAGAUAGGAGAUAAAACUAAUUUCUUGGGUUAAAGAGUUUUUGCUUUUUGUUUUGUUUUGUUUUUUUAGGUCUUUGUGCAGAUAAGUAGUAGAACCAACCUUAUAAGAUUGUGGAUAGAUGUGACCUUGCUGGAUUUAUCAGUUUUGGUUUUUUUUUUAGGAGAGAAAAUUGUCUAACCUUUGGGAAUGAGCUGCUGAAAGUUCUGAGUAGCUAGAAAUAUGGUGAGCUAUUUUGUGAAUCUGAAUAUAUAUACUGUGUUUUGGGGAAACAGUCUGAGCUACUCUUAAAAGGAAAACUGUUAAAAUUCAGGAAAAGAUCCUGGAAGUCACUGACAAUUAGGAAAUCUGGCCCAGUAUGCUACAAUGGUCAGAGGUUAGCAACAUUCCCUGGGUAAAACCAAGGCAGGAAACAGGCUCUGGGCCAUCCCCAUUUGUAAAAGCAUAUGUAGUUUUUCCCGUUUUUGUUGAAAAAAAAAGAAACUCUAGCAGCUGUGUAGAAGAGUAAAUGUCUGGCAGUGAGAGGAUCUCUGAGCUGGACCACAGAGGCUCUGACUCGCAAUUCAGAAUUUAAAAGUUGUAUGUUUCUGUAUUGGGGACAUAACAAAUGUGCUGUAACUAGCCAAUGUGAAUUAUUAUUAUUACUUUUUUUUUUUUUUUUUACCAAAUACUAAACAUACCACUUGAAGCCAGAAAGAAAGAACUGAAGAACAAACGAAAAUACAAAUAUGUGCAGAUAACAGUUUUUCUAGCUAAAAGCACUAAGAUGUUGGGAACUGAGAACAAGCUCAGGAGGUUUUGGACAGAGUGAAGAUUCAGUCCAGAACUGCAGUGUCCUUUUGUGGAUACUCCCACAGAGACUAGCCCUCUCUUCAGAGGGGCCAGAGGAACAGAUGUCUCUUGAGAGGAAUGGUUCCAACCAGCUCACCUUACUGUGCUGCAUUUUCCCUCUUUGAGGUACAUGCUUCAAAACUGACCCGCAAGGAGUGUUGGAUGUGUAUCCAGUCCGAGGUGUUUGUGUACUGUUUACAUCCAGAUUUCUGUGACACUUGCCCCUAGCUUGCCCUCCCUCCCCUUUUCUCCCAGACCACUGCAAAGGGACUGAUGCACUUGAGGAAGCUUUUCUCUAUAAGUAAAAGAGCAAAUCUGGGUCAGGGCCUGGCCCUAGGCAGCUGCUGUGAACCUUGUCCCUGUGUGGCUUUUCCCAGUAUGUGACUCCCUAAUGUGUCCAGGGAAGAGUGGUGGUUCUGUCUUUCCUAUGUCCUUCUGCAGUCUGUAGAUCCACUUAAGAGGGUCUGUUGCUACCAGGGAAACCUGACAGGGAGAGUCAAGCACCCAAGCCAUGACUGCUUUUGUCCUUGAAAUAAGUAAAUGAAGGCAGAGGAGCUUGCUAUCCUCCUCUUCCCAGUGCCACAAAAUUAUCCAUCCUCUGGGAUUUGUGGGCUAGUUGAACCAUUGAGCUAGAACUUUUACAGACCUUGUGAGAGUUUGAGACCCGUCCAGACCAAUCUCUCCUUUUCCCCCACCUCAAUGCAGUGUUUGGACAGGAGGGUACGGCUGCUUUAUGCAGCAGAUGACUUUGACUUAUCAAAGAGAUAGCCAGGCAUUUUUCACGAGGGAGAAUCAGUGAUCACUUUUCAGAAGACUUCUAUGGACCAUAAACAUAUUACGAAGGAACAGAUUUUGCUAAGACAUAAUCUAGUUUUAUAAUUCAAUCAUGGAUCAACCAUAUGUGGCUAACUUGCAGUUUAAAGGGGGUCCCAUCCAUGGAAAAGUUUUUUAACAGACUGCUUUUAGAUGUAUUUAAGAAAGUCAUCUCUUCAAAAGGUUUAAACCUUACCACCUCGAUCUUAAAAGCAUGUCAAACAAUCCACAUCAGAUGCCAUAAACACAAACUGCAAGAGAAAAUGGUACAAUCUCAGUGAAUGGGAAUUGGAAUCAAAGGGGUUUGCUGUCCUUAGAAUGUUCUAAAAUGUCAAGGCAGUUGCUUGUGUUUAACUGUGAACAAAUAAAAAAAUUAUUGUUUUGCACUA